UCGCGCUCCUGCUGUUUCUCAGGUUUCAGCGGAACUGCUGCGUGGCGAUUCCCAGUUCCCACAACUCCCAACAUCCGAUGGGGAAAACACACACGGCACGAUUUAACAGAUCCAACAGAGGAUGACAUCUGCUCUCUAAACUCAAAUCUACACACUUUCAGGAGCGCCUUUAGCACUGAUUUCACGCUUGCUCUUCAAACAUGCAGAUCAGCGACAUAAAACAUCGACAGAAGAGUUCAAACAAGCAGCAGAACGGAGAGAAACGGAGAAGUGAGGAUGAGAAGAAGAAAGAGUCCGUCAUCAGAGACAGUUUCAGUCCUGAUGAGAAAAAGAAAGACAGUUUCAGUGCCGCUGAGAAGAAAGAGUCCGUUAUCAUCAGAGAGAGUUUCAGACCUGACGUGAAGUUCUGCGUCAGUCUGAUGUGUCUCGCGCUCUCCGUCAUCGUCGCUUGGCUGCAUAUUCAGCAGAGCGCAACGCUAGCAGAAAUGAGGGGAAAGUACGAGUAUUUGCAGGAGAAGAGCCGCAGUGUUGAGGAGCUCGACGAGAAACUGACUGAAGUCUCACAGCAGCUCCAGGCCUCCGCAGACGCCGCUACGCUCCUGUCGAAGCUGCGCCUCUCACUCGGCUCCGUCCUCAACACGUCAGCGGCGCUGCGGGAGCAUCAGGACUCGGCCUCCCGCCGGCUCCACACACACACACAGCAGAGCGCCGAGCUCCGCGCGCUACACACCCACUCCCGCGGCGCGCACACAGAGGUGGCGGCGCAGGUGAACACGCUGGAGGAGCGUCUGCGGGGGCUGGAGGAACGUCUGCAGGAGGUGCAGGACGGCGUGCGCGGGAACACGCGAGCGCUGGAGCGCACCGAGGAGGAGGAGCUACAGCGGGUGCGCGAGCUAGCGGAGCGGAGCGACUCCAGUGUGUCCCGGCUGCAGGAGCGGCUCGAGCGGCUAGCGGCGCAGGCCCGCGGGCUACAGGAGCGGCUGAGGCAGGAGGAGGAGGCCGGUCGGGCUCAGCAGGACGAGGAGGUGGCUCUGGAGGAGGCCGUGCGCUCCAUGCUACGGGUGCGAGCGCUCGUCAGCGCCACCCGCAGGCGAUUCCAGGAGCUGGAGGAGCAGGUGAAGAGCGCGGAGGAGCGCAGGACGAGGAGACACCACCCCACACCACAGGCUAACACUGGCGAGAGCUGAGCCCAGGAGCCGCACACACGCUGCUUCUACUUCCCUCACGGACUGUGGCGGGGUCAGUGUGACCCGGCUUGAGCCGUCGCAAAUAUCAGUUAACAUUUGUUUUUUCUUGGACUUUUGUGACCUUUUCUCUUUUAGGGUCAUGAACAAACAUGCAGUGUUUCAACUCUGAUGUGUUUUGACAAGGGCUAUUCGAAAAUCUCAACACUUGAGGAAUCGGACACUUGUUAUAAAAUGAAAAUUUUGAUUCCUGUGUGCGCAUUUCAAUAUAACUUUAACCCAUUCCAGUGUGAGACGCUGCAGGCGUAUCCGUAUCGGCUCUUAAAGUGACGGUGCUCAUAUUCCUGCGGUCUCUAUUAUAACACUAAUCAAACAACAGAAGACGGAGAGAACAUGCACUCGUUCUUGACUGAGUAACUUUUAUAGCUAUAUUUGUAGUGUAUUUCAAAUGUCAUUACAGUUUCUGUACCUCAAUACCUGAACAUCUUCAAACACGGUUUGUUUGAUAUUUCAGUCGUAUUUCCAAAUUAUAUUUCAAUCGUAUUUUGUCCCGUUGUAUAGUUGUGAUUUACAAUUAUUUAUUUUUUAAUUACUGAGUGUUUUACUUGUCUUUUAAUAAUGCUUGAAGUUGACAUUAGUUUGGCUAGUUGUUUUUCUAUGGUGUUUAUAAACCUCAAGCAAACGCUCCUUGUGUACGUGUACUUUAGCCUUAAUAUUUGUUCAUUAUAUUCAGCUACAAUUAAAUGUUUUGCAAUAACA